AUGCUUACACGUCUACAUGCCUACACGUCUACGCCUACACGUCUACACACCUACGUCUACACAUGCCUACGUCUACACACACACGCCUACACACGUCUACAUGCCUACACACGUCUACACAUGCCUACACACGUCUACACAUGCCUACACACGUCUACACACAUGCCUACACGUCUACACGCCUACACACGUCUACAUGCCUACACACGUCUACACACAUGCCUACACAUGCCUACACACGUCUACACAUGCCUACACGUCUACACAUGCCUACAUGCUACACGUCUACACAUGCCACACGUCUACACAUGCCUACACGCGUCUACACGCGCCUACACGUCUACACAUGCCUACACGUCUACACGCCUACACACGUCUACACAUGCCUACACACGUCUACACAUGCCUACACGUCUACACAUGCCUACACACGUCUGCGCCACACGUCUACAUGCCUACACACGUCUACACGCCUACACACGUCACAUGCCUACACAUGCCUACACACGUCUACACAUGCCUACACACGUCUACACAUGCCUACACAUGCCUACACACGUCUACACAUGCCUACACACGUCUACACAACCAUCAUGUCUACACGUCUACACAUCACUCUACACGCCUACACGUCUCCUCCACCCUGACCUUAUCUCUGGCCUACUUCCUACAAGACUUGUCUGA